CACCUCUUUCUCGGCCAUUUUGUGAGAGACAGCAGUGGGUGUCCGCCUUGGUUUUUGUUUUGUUUUUUUUUUAUAAAAAAAAAAAGGUUACGGGAUUCCCUCCCCUCCCCCCCCGCUCCACCACCGCUAGCGGCUUUUAUUUCACCCGGCAGCUUUCCUCCGUCCUCCGUCCCCCUCCACGAAGCUACAACAAACCGGCACCGACGAGCUGUGAGACCAUUCAUCUCCACACCGGCCCCGUCCUCCUAUCGCAUGUCCACUAUCCAGAACCUCCGGUCUUUCGAUCCCUUUGCUGAUGCAACUAAGGGUGACAGCUUGCUCCCAGCAGGGACUGAAGAUUAUAUCCACAUAAGGAUCCAGCAGCGGAACGGCCGCAAGACCCUGACCACCGUGCAAGGGAUUGCUACCGAUUAUGACAAGAAGAAACUUGUAAAGGCUUUCAAAAAGAAAUUUGCUUGCAAUGGUACUGUGAUUGAGCAUCCCGAGUACGGUGAGGUGAUCCAGCUUCAGGGAGAUCAGAGAAAAAACAUUUGCCAGUUCCUUCUUGAAGUUGGAAUCGUUAAAGAAGAACAGUUAAAAGUCCAUGGAUUUUAAAGUAUUGACUAAGUGAGGAUUCGCAUUAGGCUUGAACUUCAGUCAAAAAAAUCUACUGAUUAGAAGUUGAGCAAUAUGCUUAUGCUGGAUGCACACAAAGGUUUUCACAUAGAGGGGGUGGGCAAAAUAACAGAAACACCACAUGAAAAAGGAGUUUAACUUUGAAGUAACUAAAUCACAAUUACACAUGCAGCUGCAAAGGUGGGUCAUACUAGGUUGAUUGCCGAUUAGCAGUAUCUGUCAGCUAUAAAAGAGGUCUGACAGCACUUUCAUAUGUAAGCUUUCAAAGCCACAUGAGGCAUCUAAUAGAGUUCCAAAGAGGCCAGAUAGUUGGUGCCCGAAUUGCAGGUGCAUCAGUCACAAAAACUGCUAAAUUAUUAAAUGUGUCAAGGGGAACAAUCUCAAAAAUAAUGACGGCGUAUGCCAAACAUGGACAAACUGCAUCGGCAAAGAGCAACAGUGGCUGCAAGUCGAAGCUCACCCACAGGGAUAGACGAACACUUCACAGGAUAGUUGCUAAAUGCCUCAAAACUUACCACAGAAUUGAAUCGGCAUCUCAGUGACCCAAUCUCAACAAAAACUGUACGCCGUGAGCUUCACAAAGCUGGGAUUUAUACCAGGGCUGCCAUUUUGGAAACCUCUUGUAUCCAAGGCCAAUGCACAAAGACGCAUAAACUGGUGUAAGGAGCACAAAACCUGGAGCCCUGAGCAAUGGCGAAAAGUAAUAUGGUCUGAUGAGUCAUCUUUCAUCCUAUUUCCUACAUCCAGAUGGGUUUACAUUUUGAGAAAGCCAAAGAAUGUCUUCAUCCCGCACAGACCUUGUGGGAUGCAGGCGUCCUUUGGCUUUCUGUUAAACAUGGUGGGGGAUCUGUAACGGUAUGGGCAGCCAUCUUGUGCGAGUCAUUAGGUCUGAUGAUUGCUCUACAUGGUCGCCGAGGAAUAUGAGGCCAAUUUACAGGACCAGGCGUACCCUAUGGUGCAAACACUGUUCCCUUAUGAUGGUCCCAUAUUCCAGGAUGAUAAUGCCCCCAUCCACACUGCUAAACAAAUUCAAGAGUGUCUUCAUGAACACCAGGAUGAAGUCAGACGCCUUCCAUGGCCUCUCCAGUCACCAGAUCUGAGCAUCAUUGAACCUUUAUGGGAAGUCCUGAAGUGCAGAGUACGAAGUAGAUUUCCACCUCCUUCAUCCCUCAGAGAACUUUAGGCUUUUCGUCUUGAAGAAGUUCAAGUGCAAUAUCCCACUCCACACAGUCCAGGACUUGUGCGACAGGAUUCCAAAAAGGAAUUGAAGCUGUUCUGAAGCCAAAGGGUGGCCCUACUCAUUAUUAGGUCCUUGAUAUUAAUAUAUUGCUAGGUGUUUCUGUUAUUUUGUCCGCCCCCUGUAUAUGGUAUUAAAAUGGGCUUUUUAGGGGGAUUGUUACGGCUUUUCAAUUAGGAUAUCUUUUUGCGAAAGCCAUUUUAAAAGGAAGGAUAGCCAAUGACAUCUUUUCAUAGAAUUGGAGGACUAAUAAUGGGCUGAUGAACUUGCAAGAGUGUACAAAUGUGUUAGAACACGGCUGCUGUACUGUGACUUCUUUUGCAUAUGAACUCACACCAAUGUAAGUAAAAUCCUAGGAAACUCAUAAAAUUUACUUUGUCGUGUUCAGUGAAGUUUUUAAAAUAAAAGGAACAGUAAUUUGCAAAUGAUUACAUGCAUGGGACUUUUUUAAAAACUGCAAUGUCUAAUUAAAGUACAAAGUUCUAACAUU